CCCCCAGGAAGUGACGCCAUGAGUGCCCUUGACGGGCCGGGAGGGCCGGGCUCUGCAUCGCUCGCUCGCGCGGCCGGGAGAUGGCUCAGCGGCUGCUGCUACGGAGGUGCCUGGCCUCCCUCCUCUCCCCGAAGCCCUCUCAUGGCCGCUUAGCACCCCUCGCUCCCAGGGCCUCGCAGGCCUCCCGGCACCUCCCCGACAGCCUGGCAGUGGGGCCCAGCCCCGCCCGGUCCAUAGCCACCACCCGAGCCUGCUGGACAACCUUCAACAUCCAGGAUGGACCUGACUUUCAGGACCGCGUGGUCAACAGUGAGACCCCCGUGGUGGUCGAUUUCCAUGCACAGUGGUGUGGCCCCUGUAAGAUCCUGGGCCCGCGACUGGAGAAGAUGGUGGCCAAGCAACAUGGGAAAGUGGUGAUGGCCAAGGUGGACAUUGAUGAUCACACGGACCUCGCCCUGGAGUAUGAGGUGUCCGCCGUGCCCACCGUGCUGGCCAUCAAGAACGGAGACGUGGUGGACAAGUUUGUGGGCAUCAAAGACGAGGACCAGCUGGAGGUCUUCCUGAAGAAGCUCAUCGACUGACAGGCUGGGGAGCCCCCGGACUGUCAUGCUGCGCCCCCAUGAGGGGUGGGAGAGGGGCCUGGCAGCCCACCGGCCUCGUCCCCCAUCCGGUGACCUAGGUGACCUAGAGCCUUCCAGCCGGCCCGGCUCGGUGCUGCCACUGGCCCUGGGGCUAUGUCUUCCAGCCACUCUGUGCCCCAGCGCCUGGCGCCUUCUCCCGGCUGAUCAGCCGUGCAACCCCCACGUUUCCCCUGGAAACCCCCCACCCCGGGCCGGCUCAGAGACCUCUUGCUAGUCUUCUUUUUCCUGCUGCUGUUUUGUAAAAAAACAAAAAUCCAAAACAAAAACACCCCAGCCAGCAAGAGGAAUAGACGACUCUCUCCUUUUCUGUAGAUCUGUAAUAAAGAACUUUCUGUGACUCCCA